AUGUUUUCUUUGAAAGACAGACUGACAAAGCUCAAAGGGUCUUGGACAAGCCCCAAUCUUUCCCAAACAGCUACAACGAACGAGAUGUCUAAUCCUUUUGGUUCAGGGACAGACGAUGGUCCGUUACCUGUAUACCUGAAUGGGGUCAAGGAUACGACUAAACAUAGACUCUUGACUCCUGAGAUGUGUGACGAAAUAAGAAGUUUAAUGCCUACAAGAAUCCAACUUUACACCGAUUGGAGGCUGGUGUACAGUUUAGAGCAACACGGUGCAUCUCUUCGAUCACUAUAUGACAAUAUUGCGCCUGAUGGUAAACAGUCCGCUAGAGUUGGAUAUGUGCUUGUAGUUGAAGACAAAAAAGGGGGGAUUUUCGGUGCUUACACUAACGAACAUUUCCGUCCCACGGACAACAGAAGAUAUUAUGGGAACGGCGAGUGUUUUCUGUGGAAGUUGGAAAAAGUACCGACAUUGUACAUAGGAGACACCAAAGCUGAUGACGGUGCUGAAGCUGAUAGAUCGCAUCGUUGGAGUUUCAAAGGGUUUCCCUUCACUGGACUGAACGAAUUUGUGAUAUACUGCACUAGCAAAUUUUUGUCGAUGGGAGCUGGCGAUGGACAUUACGGUCUUUGGAUCGAUAGCGGACUUCUCAAUGGUGUUUCCAACCCGAGUUUGACAUUUGGGAAUGAGACGCUCAGCCGAGAGGGCGACAAAUUUCAUGUAGUUGGACUCGAGGUAUGGCGCGUUGGAUAA